GCCCUGCGCGCCGGCCGCGCAUCAACCUCUCCUCUCUCACAAAGCGCCUCGGUCAUAAUAGGCUGGUUGGAGGUGGACGGACUUUCAAAAACAGACCUAUAUCGGUCCAUCCCCAGCUGUCAGCGGGAACCCGAACAGGUGGCUCCUCCGGGCACCCGUCGACAGCUUGUCGCGCUCGCUAAUCUCCGUUGUGACGACAGCGCAUUACCCGGUGCGCGUAAAACCGGGAGUGCGGGAGGUUUGGGUUGGGAUUGUCAUCAGUCACCAGGAUUUUACUCAUCGCUGCGGAUUCACCACAAAGACAGAUUUCUGGACAGUCUGCACCUGAGCUGGAAAUAAUGACUCUUCAUUGGAUUUUAUGAAGUUUGAGCUGCAAAGUCUGAGAGGAAACAUGUUGCCAGAAAUAAACAACAGGGCGUCUCGGCCAGAGGCGUUCCCUCACCCCCACCGACUCCCAGUGGAGGGCAGCCGCAUCGGACUAAACCGACCCUGCUCACAGAAGUUCAGCUCCGGUUUGGGGUCCCUGCCGCAGCUGGAGACGCCGGUGGUCCAGGUUGUCGUCAGCAACGCCAAAAACCAGCAGCAGCAGUCGGACAGCGUCCUGCCGCAGAUCUCCAACAAAGGAGGUCAAAACAACUACCAGACGGUCGAGAGGUCAAAGUCAACUCAGCAGUUCACGAUGCGUUACGGCGCAGCGACGGACAAGGCGGCCAUGUCGCGUAACGGGAAGGCGCUUGGAAACAAGGUGGAGAAGGAGCGAGCGUACGAAGGGCAGCGGCUGCCCAUGUCGCCUGCAGAGGCGCUGAGUAACUUCCGGGAGCGGCUGACGGAGUUCGAGCAGCAGGAGGUCAGCGACUUCGCCGAGGUCUGGUUCCUGGGUCUGGGCUCGCAGAAGAUCGAAGGCUCCCAGGGAGCGGCGCAGAACAACGGAUACGACGACGAACACGGGAGCUACGUCCGGGUGCUCCAUGACCACAUCGCGUACCGGUUUGAAGUUCUGGAAGUGAUCGGGAAAGGUUCCUUUGGCCAGGUCCUAAAAUGUCUGGACCACAAGAACAACGAACUCGUCGCCAUCAAGAUGAUUCGCAACAAGAAAAGAUUUCAUCACCAAGCUCUAGUGGAGCUGAAGAUUCUGGAAGUGAUAAAGAAGAAAGACAAAGACAACCUGCACAACGUGAUCCACAUGAAGGAGCACUUUUACUUCCGGAACCACCUCUGCAUCUCCUUUGAGCUCCUCGGAGUGAACCUUUAUGAGCUGAUAAAAAAAAACAACUUCCAAGGCUUCAGCCUGGCGCUGAUCCGGCGGUUCGCCCACGCCCUGCUGCGCUGCCUGCAGAUGCUGCACCGGGAGAAGAUCAUCCACUGCGACCUCAAACCGGAGAACAUCCUGCUGUCUCAGCGAGGGCCGGGGAACAUCAAGGUGGUCGACUUCGGAUCGAGCUGCUACGAACAGCAAAGAGUGUACACCUACAUCCAGAGUCGCUUCUACCGCUCCCCAGAGGUCAUCCUGGGUCACCCCUACAGCAUGGCCAUCGACAUGUGGAGCCUGGGCUGCAUCCUGGCGGAGCUCUACACUGGCUACCCGCUGUUCCCCGGGGAGAGCGAGGUGGAGCAGAUCGCCUGCAUCAUGGAGGUUCUCGGGACGCCUCCGAAUGAUUUUGUCCAGUCGGCAUCAAGGAGGAAAUUAUUCUUCGACUCCAAAGGAAACCCGAGGAACAUCACUAACAGCAAAGGGAAGAAAAGGAAACCCGACUCCGUCGAGAUGUCAGCGGCGCUGAAAACCAACGAUCCGUUGUUCCUGGACUUCAUCCAGCGCUGCCUCGCUUGGGAUCCAGCGAAGAGGAUGACUCCCGAUGAAGGGCUGCAGCACCAGUGGAUCCUGGAAGGAAACUUCAACAAACUGAGAUCCAGAACCAAGCCGACAGCGAAGAGCUGCAGCAGCGCAGACAGACAAGCAAACAGCAGGCCUGGUGAGAGGAACGCGCGCUGGGGAAUAAACGCAAAACAAUGCACCAGUACACCGGAGAAGGUCGGUGCAGAACAUGGCAGCAAUGACAAGCUGAAGAGGGGCGGCUCCGAGGUCGGAUCAAAGAUGGCGUCCGGCGAACGCCUGCGGCCCCUCGGCGCCUCAGCGGAGGAGGAAGUGUGUGAAAGCGAAGGCGGUGAGCGGCCGGUCCACAUCGUCAUCAAACCUCAAGAAGAAAUGAGCACAGAGCGGAAAGACGGCUAGCAGGCCUGGAGGACCGGGAUGCCUUCAGGGCCGCUGGGAAAUACGGAUGUUCUGGUCCUGACUAACAGGAAGAAAACCUGAAUUCAGUGAAGUGGUUUUUUUUCUACAUGAUGAGAGAAACUCAGGAGAAAAAACAUCAACGACGACAGACAUCUUCUGGUUUUGGUAGCUGGUCAGAUUUAAGUUUCAUAGAAAUCGUGAUCCAGUUUCAUUUCAUCACAUCUGAAUCAUGAAACUUUAUUUACUACUUAUUAGAGUUACGGCAGCAUCUGGACCUGCCUGAUAUCAUUUCUAGAAUCAAAUCUUUGCUUCAGAAGAACGAAAGCUGGAAAACGUAGAAAAUUUCCUACUGCUGCUUGUUCAUUUCUCCUCAUGUUAGUGUGAAAAAGCUGAAAUAUUGAGUUCAAUAACGGCUGAGCCAAAUGAUUUUUAUCAUGACAGCAAAGAAACAUUUAUCAUACAUUUUAAUUGAUUAAGUUGAUAACUUGUGUUAUUAUUUAUUGUGGAAUAGUUUGUUUCAUUGAACUAAACCCUGAAAUGUGGAUUUUUAAAGAGAAUCUAUUGUAUAUAUUUCUGCUGUCUUUUCUUAUAAAUAUGUAAAAUGGAGCAGAUUUUAAAAUUAGACAAGGUUCUACUUGUUGUGUUGUUACUGAAUGCUCACUUUGUAUGUCCGUUAUUCCUAAUAUUUUUAUAUUAGAAGCAAAAAGACAAUCCUGUUAUUGAUAGUUUGUGCCUUGCAGUAUUAGAGAUCCAGCACUUUAUUGUUGCUUUGUUGACAUUUCCUGUCCAGAUUUGUGCCGUUCUGCCAGGAUCCCUUUUAUUUAUCAGAAAGAUUCUCCAACUUUAUUGGUUGCUAAAAAUUCAUUUAAACUGAUUUUAUUUGUUGUUGUUUUUUUUUACAGAUCCAGCUUGUAGAAAAGCACAUAUCAAAAUAUAUGGGCUAAAUAAUUUAAUCCUUAGAUGAAAGAAAGAAAGUCAUUUCUAUGUAUUUUAUGCUGCAAUAAAUGUUGUUCAAAAAGCAUUUUGUUUCAAUAAUUUUA